CAUGGGGUUGGAUGAUUUGCCGCCUCCUCCCUCCGGCCCCCGUCCGACCUCCCCGCCGCCACCCAUCCCGCCCCAGGACGACGCCAUCCCGCUCCCGUACACCUCCUCUCCCGCACGAGCACCAACCGACACCGCCUCCGCCGCCAAUCUCCGCUCCCGCACACACUGCCGCCGUCGCUCUCCGCUUCAGCAUCCACCGCCGCCAGCCUAUCCACCCAUCAUCUACAGAAAAGGGGAAAGAAAAAGGAAAUCCCAUUCCCAUUCCCAUCCACCGCCGCCGCCUCUGAUCUGAUCUGCGCCCCCCCACGCCGGACUAACCCUAAUCCCGUCGGUUUCUGCCGGCGGCGCAGUGGGAGGACAAGCAGUGAUGGCGGGGACCUCCGGAGCCCAGAUCUCCUCCCGGCGGGCGGCUGACCGACCGAGGGCCCUCCCCGAUCCGCGCCGCCCCUGCCCUUCCUCCAACAUCCGAUCCCACGCCCAAUCAGCUGGACGCAAGCGAAAAUACUCGGUGGCCAUCGACGUGGAUCCCGUCCGUGACUGGGCGAACAUCGGGGACGGGCCAGCCGGCCUGAUCGCCGAGCUUGCCCUCGCCAGCGACGUGGCCGACUAUAUCCGCUUCCGCGCCGUGUGCCAGCCGUGGCGGCGGUGCUCGCCGGACCCGUGCGCCGGUGGCCUGGACGGCCGCUUCCUCCCCCGCAAGUGGAUCAUGCUUGACAAGGCGCUUGCCGGGCCCCGCCGCCAUCGCUUCCUUAACGUGUCUACAGGCGAGUGCAUACGCCUGGACCUCCCGGAGCUCGCGGAGCACACGUUGCUCGCGCUCACCCCAGAAGGCCUCCUCCUCCUGCUCGUCGAGCCCACCCUGGUCGUCCGCCUGCUUAACCCACUCACGCGGCAGCUCACCGACCUUCCGCCGGUGACCGCGCUCCUGAGACCAGAGCAGCAUCGGUCCAGGCAAUGCGGCUCUCAGAUAGGACAAACAAUCAAUGUCUCUGGCGUGGGUCUUGUUGCCGACGCCUCCAUGGUGGCAGUCAAUUUCUCUGAUCCCAGGGGGCUUGUCGCCGCUAAGCCCGGCGAUGAGAGUUGGACCAUGGUCGACAAGGAAUACAUGAAUUCGGGUUUGCCUUUUGCGGGGCGCUUCUACUGCGCCAACUACAGGGGCGUCAUGGUGCUGACGACCAGCUUGGAUCAGCAGCCGCCCCGGCUCCGGUUGGUCGCUGACCAGAGCGACUCAUUUGAUUUCUCCCGGAUGGCGGACAGCCUUCACCUGGUGGACAAUGCCGGGGAAUUGAUGCUGGUGCACCGGGCGCUAAGCCUGGACGGCGAGUAUGCCAGGAGUUAUGAUGCUUACAGAGUGGAUUUGGAAGCUGGGGUCCUGGCCCCAGCUAAGGGCUUCAACGGGCGCGCCGUGUUCAUGGGCAUGUUCCGCUCAAUUUCUGUACCAGCUGAGGCUGCUUACCCCUCUGUCGCUGCUGAUAGCAUCUACCUGGGACACGAUUGUGAUCGCCAGAUUCAGGGGUACAAUAUCGCGGAUGGAAGCAGAUGCAGUCUGAUUGAGGCAGUAUAUCCGCGUAGUAUUGUGGAUUGUCUCCGCUGCUGCAUCCAGGGAGUCGGCAAGCAACUUGCUUGAGCCUCAGGACGAAUGAUGGGUGUUUGACGAAUGCCGGGUGUUACUCUUUGCUAUGAUUCUGUUUCUCCGGCGGGUGUGGUGUUUGCGGUGAUUCUGGUCUUGGCCUACUGCUGGUGUGGUGUCUGCCGUGAUUCUGGUCUUGGCCUACUGCUGGGUGUGGUGUCUGCCGUGAUUCUGGUCCUGGUCUUAUGCAUCAGUUACUGUGUAUCAGACAGCAUUAUCAUAUGUACCUCAAAUAAUAUAAACGCUUAUCAAACAAAAAUUGUUACUUGUUUUCUA